CUAGGUAUAAAAGCCCCAAUUUUUCUGCGCUCAGAAAAAAGGCUUCAGGAGCUCAACGUUCACAGACCGAAAGCGAGAGACAAGAGACCGAGCCACAAUCCCCUACGCCGUCGCCACCAAUCCAUCGAAGCAGAAUGGCGACGUUUGAGCUCUACCGGAGGUCGACGAUCGGAAUGUGCCUGACUGAGACUUUGGACGAGAUGGUUCAGAACGGGACUCUCAGUCCUGAGCUAGCGAUUCAGGUUCUUGUUCAGUUUGAUAAGUCUAUGACUGAAGCUCUCGAAACACAAGUGAAGAGUAAGGUCUCCAUCAAGGGACAUCUGCACACCUACAGAUUUUGCGACAAUGUUUGGACGUUCAUCUUACAGGAUGCUUUGUUUAAGAAUGAGGAUAGUCAGGAAACUGUUGGUCGCGUUAAAAUAGUGGCAUGUGACUCGAAGCUGCUCACACAAUGAGAUUUCAGACUAUUGGUGGUAUGCUAAAUAAGGACUUUGUGAUCUGUUGUAAUGGAGGGUGAGGAAGGAUAGCAGUUAGUCUGGUUACUUCCAGGAUUUGAAAACUGUAGGAGACACAUUAGCUAUAAAGCCCUCUACGUUGAUAGCUGUAGUUAUUUGAUGUUAUAUUGAGGAUGAUGCGUGCUUGUUCUAUU